GGAGUGGAAUUAGUGGAUCAUGUGGCAAUUCGAUGUUUAACAUUUUGAACAACCAUCAUAGUGUUUUCCAUAGUGGCUGCACCAUUUUCCAUUCCCAUUAGCCAUGCCUGAGGAUUCCAUCUGCUCCACAGCCUCACCACCACUUGUUAUUAUUUGUCUGGUUGAUGACAGCCAUCCCAGUGGGUGUGAAGUGAUAUCUUGUAGUGGUUUUGAUUUGCAUAUUCCCAGUGAGGGAUAGGAAGUUUAUGGAAGUAUCAGAACAUGGACAGUCCCUCCAUAGGCCCACAGGGUAUGACCUGGGCUGGUGACGAGAGAUAACUGAGGCUCCUUGGAGCUGUGUGCAAGUCAUUCUGCAGCAGGAACAGCUCCCGCGUGAUAAGUCUCAAUUAGGAAAAGCCAGGCUGGCGGGGGAGGGAGGAGCGCCUGCUUCGUUCUCAUCGCCUCCCGUGUCUCUGCUCCUGCACAGCUUCCCUCCUGAGGAACCAUGUCCCCACUCCAGGCUGUCCUCCUCUGCCUCGGGCUGUGUCUGGAGCAGGUGAUACAAGCUCAGAAUUGCCCGCUACCCAAGCCCUCCCUCCAGGCCCACCCCAGCUCUCUUGUGCCCCUGGAGAAUCCAGUGACCAUCCGUUGCCAGGGGCCCCCAGGCGUGGACUUGUACCGCCUGGAGAAACUGAAAUCUGGGAAGUAUAACGACCAGGCUGUCCUCCAUAUCCCGGCCAUGAAAAAAAGUUUCGCUGGAUGCUACCGUUGCUUCUACCAGAACGGGACCUGCUGGUCUCUCUCCAGUGACAAGCUGGAGCUGGUGGCUACUGGAGUUUAUGACAAGCCCUCGCUCUCAGCCCAACCCAGCCCAGUGGUGUCCCCAGGAGGGGACGUGACUCUACAGUGUCGGAGCAUAUACAGUUUUGACCAAUUUGCUCUGUACAAGAUGGGGGACACUGGGCCCAACAAGGGACCUGAGAGGUGGUACCGGGCAGAUUUCCCCAUCAUCACGGUGACUGCUGCCCACAGUGGGACCUACCAAUGCUACAGCUUUUCCAGCAGAGACCCGUACCUGUGGUCGGCCCCCAGUGACCCCCUGGAGCUCGUGGUCAGAGGGAACUCUGUGACACCCAGCCAGUUACCCAGAGGAACACCUACCUCUGUAACAGAGCCUUCUAGGAAUAUCACCAUCUUUCCAGAGGGGUCAAGCUCUCCAACUGGUCUCAUGCACCCGUACUACACUAAAGGCAAUCUGGUCCGGAUAUGCCUUGGGGCUGUGAUUCUAAUACUUCUGGCGGGGCUCCUGGCAGAAGAUUGGCACAGCCGAAAGAAACCCCUGCUGCACCGGGUCAGAGCUGUCCACAGGCCACUCCCAACACUCCCGCAGACCCAGAAAGUAGAGUUGUCAGGACAGGGGUCGACCAGAUGGUCAUGACCAUGGAUGCCACCAUUAGAACCCCAAGGCUUGGUUGUAUCUAAGAGAUAGGUCAUGGUAGUGAGGAGGGGACUUAGAGUGUGUGUGGCAUCUGAGAGCAAGAGAAUAGAGGCUACAACUUUGGAAAAGGAGGGCCAGGGUAUCUUUGUGGUGCUCUCUCAAGGAGCUGUUGAGUCAAUGUCUACCGGGUGUGGCAAAAAAAUGUAUACACAUGACUUGUAUUCAUCUUUUGUUAUUGGUAUAUAUCAAGUAUUACAAUUUUAAUACAGUUUUUUCUUUCUUGAGAUGUGUAUACAUUUUUUGGCACCCUUUGUAUUUGGCUUUCUGUCCAAGAACUCCCUCUGUUUGGCAUGGAAGGAAUCCAGUGGAUGCCAAAGUCUCCUCCCUGAUGUCUUGCACAUUGUGGAUCUUACGGCAUCCUCACUGGACCAUCAUACUUACCUCUUUCUUCAACCUUCUCUAAUAUGGGUUAUAGAUUGACCUCUGUGUAGUUAGAAUCCAUUAAUAAAUACAACCUCCUUCAUGAAUGCUUUCACCUUUAUUUCUCUUGAUAUACUGGUG